GGUUUUCCGGAAUCAAUCGAGUAAAGUGUUCAUAGCUGAGAAGGAAAAAACCCUAAGCUCUCAUUUUUUCGUCUUCUCCGAUUGUGCAAGUAUGAGUCGAUCAGGUCAGCCUCCGGAUCUCAAGAAGUACAUGGACAAGAAACUCCAAAUUAAGCUUAAUGCCAACAGAAUGGUUGUUGGAACUCUCCGUGGGUUUGAUCAGUUCAUGAAUCUUGUUGUGGAUAACACUGUUGAAGUCAAUGGUGAUGACAAAACUGACAUUGGGAUGGUGGUUAUAAGAGGAAACAGCAUUGUCACCGUUGAAGCUCUCGAACCAGUUGGAAGAUCUUAGCUUAUGACUUUGCACCCUCAAGUAAUCAUCUUCUGUAAUAUGAGUUUGACUUAGUUUGCUCUCUGUACCGGUAUGAAUCGAACAUGAGUUUUAUUUGAUGAAAUCCUCUUCUUUGGCUCCUUUACUCUAUGUCAUUUUACCCGUGUUCGGUCCUGCUUAUGCUCUAUAGAUUUUUCUGAACCCUUGAUUAUAUGGAUACAAGCCAAUCUGGAUACUGUCUUACUGUUAUGAAUUAUGAUCUCUUAUCGUAUGUGUUAGUCAGGUCUCUAAGUUCUAUAAUCAUUUCAAGUUAGAGAAAUCAAAGCAGUCAUGAAAA